AUGAACCAGAGGCUAAGGGAUGUUCACAGACUUGUUGUUAGCAGGUACCACGAAAAUACGUAUAAUCACCGCUUAGCCAAGAGAAACCCCAAGCUCCCACCACCUUCCACUCCUUUAGAAUAUGAACGUUGUUACAGUAUUAUCCACUGAUUCUCACUAGCUGAGAACACACAGCUUAUUCAUACUAGAAUCGACUUGUAAUGUGUAUCUACAGAGAACAGGGGUAUACAUGCAGAAGUGACGCCAUGCAAGCCACCCGUUUAAUUAGAGACAACGAGAAAGAAGUUACGAGAUUCCACAAUAUCUGAAACUUUAAUUUGGAAUUUACAAAGGAAACCUGAAUGACAACUGCAAUAAUUGUUAUUUCACUAUGAACGUUACCUGAUGGAAAUGAUGCUUAUUUAUUAUGACUUAAAUAGGCACUACAUUUCAAUUCAAAAGUCGUGAAUUAAACGCCCAUUUAUCUUACCAGGGAAACUACAAGAAUUGUUUUAGGGGUUUUAGAUUCAGAGGGAGUGUCCAAUAGACGGAGAGGGAGAUUACAAAGAAGAAGAUACCCGUGUAAGGUAAGAUAAAAUGUAACACCUGUCCUCUUCAAACCCCAGUCAACAGACCUCUGCGUGUGUGGAGAAGCAAACAUCCGGCGUAAAAAUGUCCUUCCAUUUCAUAUAAAAGCUCAGCAGGCAAUUUCUUUGUAUUUCAAAAAUAGGGAAUCAUCUGGCACAUCACUUUACUGGAAAAAACAGGAAUAUAACCUUUCGUAAAAUUUCACAUGCAGCUAACGCCUAGAUUCGUUCUUUCUUUUCUCAGGGGCCUAAUUAUCUCUGGCACAUCGAUGGCUACGAUAAAUUGAAACCUUACGGAUUUUGCAUCCACGGUGCCAUUGAUGGGUAAGCGUUUUAACAUAUGUGGUCUCUAAUGUCUACCCUGCCAAUCAUCAAGGACUGACUCUGAAUAUUUAAGUGCUCAAGCCUAAAUCACACUUUCAAAAUAACAGAUGUUGAAGAUAUAUUUAUUGUUGAUGUUGCUACAGAUACUCUCGUCGUAUCUUGUGGUUGGAUGUUACUUGCACAAACAACGAUCCAGCAAUCAUUGCCCAGUACUACGUCGACUGUGUAAAGCAACUUAAUGGUAUGUGACCUAGAUGCGUUGAAAUUCUCCUUUCAGUAUUCCUAAACAAUUAUAUAAAUAUAUAUAUCUGACUGGAUUUGUUAAAACGUGCCUCUAGAAAUUUCAGGUGUGUUUCAACGGUGUUCCUCAAAAGUUGAAUAAAAAGCAGUUAAAAGUACCUCGUCAUGGCUCAAAUGAUAAUUUUUAUACUGGGAACACACGUCAAGUUGCUCUGACUGUAUAAGCCAUGAAAUUGACAACAUUAUAUUCUCAAAGUUGUUGUACAGACAAGGUGACCUUUUGAUCUCUGAAAAUCUAAGGUUCAUAGCUUAAAUGUCCGCCGAAGACAGACCAAAUCCUCUUUCCUCAGUUGGGCCGAGAAAUGGUUUCCUAAGGCAAGAUUGACUAAACUAAACAUCGAAAAUGCCUGGGAUAGAANAAGCAAACAUCCGGCGUAAAAAUGUCCUUCCAUUUCAUAUAAAAGCUCAGCAGGCAAUUUCUUUGUAUUUCAAAAAUAGGGAAUCAUCUGGCACAUCACUUUACUGGAAAAAACAGGAAUAUAACCUUUCGUAAAAUUUCACAUGCAGCUAACGCCUAGAUUCGUUCUUUCUUUUCUCAGGGGCCUAAUUAUCUCUGGCACAUCGAUGGCUACGAUAAAUUGAAACCUUACGGAUUUUGCAUCCACGGUGCCAUUGAUGGGUAAGCGUUUUAACAUAUGUGGUCUCUAAUGUCUACCCUGCCAAUCAUCAAGGACUGACUCUGAAUAUUUAAGUGCUCAAGCCUAAAUCACACUUUCAAAAUAACAGAUGUUGAAGAUAUAUUUAUUGUUGAUGUUGCUACAGAUACUCUCGUCGUAUCUUGUGGUUGGAUGUUACUUGCACAAACAACGAUCCAGCAAUCAUUGCCCAGUACUACGUCGACUGUGUAAAGCAACUUAAUGGUAUGUGACCUAGAUGCGUUGAAAUUCUCCUUUCAGUAUUCCUAAACAAUUAUAUAAAUAUAUAUAUCUGACUGGAUUUGUUAAAACGUGCCUCUAGAAAUUUCAGGUGUGUUUCAACGGUGUUCCUCAAAAGUUGAAUAAAAAGCAGUUAAAAGUACCUCGUCAUGGCUCAAAUGAUAAUUUUUAUACUGGGAACACACGUCAAGUUGCUCUGACUGUAUAAGCCAUGAAAUUGACAACAUUAUAUUCUCAAAGUUGUUGUACAGACAAGGUGACCUUUUGAUCUCUGAAAAUCUAAGGUUCAUAGCUUAAAUGUCCGCCGAAGACAGACCAAAUCCUCUUUCCUCAGUUGGGCCGAGAAAUGGUUUCCUAAGGCAAGAUUGACUAAACUAAACAUCGAAAAUGCCUGGGAUAGAAUAUUUUACAAAACUUGCGAGUCACAUACCUGGCAAAUGGUUGUCAUCGCUAUGCCAGAAAUUACACAAUAAAAUACUUCUACUGCACUGAUAAAUCUCCGGAAAACAACGCAAAGCCCAUGCACAUUUAACAGAAGCCAAAUAUCUUCAAAAGACACGGACAUUUUACGCUUUUUGCCACAUAAACACGUGUAAACACUGAUCUUCACAGACAUUUUAAUCAAGUUCCCCGAUGAAAAGAGUCACGUGAACCAGAAACACAUAGAGUCACUGUCAAAUCCAUUUUUAUACUAAGUCUUUGGCCGGCUCAAAAUCUACGACCAAUUUCGCUCUCUCUGAGUAGAGAUGACUCCUAAGAACUACUUUCUGACACCAAAGACUUGUUAGCCGCCUUGAACAAAGCGCGCAAUAUCUUAUCUUUCUCGUUCAGCCCGGUUCCAGUUGACCGUGUAGCCUGAAACAAAUGCCAAGAAUACGGCAAGAUAUUUGACGACGCACACUGUGCAAAUCGCAAGCUUUGUUCCCUCCUUGGACUUAAUGAUGUCCUCAGGAAAACUUUGCUCCAGGCGGCCAAAAGAAAACGAAAAACAAUAAAACAAGGAACGUAAUAAACGAGUGUAGACGAUGGGAGUUCAGAGAAAUUUUUAAAGGCACGUUUUAGCAAAUCCAGUCAGAUAUGCAUUUUUGGUAUUCAGGAGCUCCACGUAUUGUAAGGGCUGACUGCGGAACAGAGAAUGUCAUUGUUGCUGGCCUUCAAAGGUUUUUCCGUUCUGAGGCAACUGACGACUUUUCAGGCGAUAAAAGUUUCCUUUAUGGAAAGUCGUCAGCAAAUCAGGUGGGAAACGCUACUUUCGUCGCUUGACUUUACGAAUAAACUUCUUAUGUCACGGUGAAUUACUAAAUGUCUUCCCUGACAGAGAAUAGAGGCUUGGUGGUCGUUUCCGAGGAAGUCCCAUGCAGACUGGUGGAUAAAUUACUUUAAGGUUGGUGCUUUAUGGUUUGAAAACAUUCUCGCCCGAUGGCACUGAAUGGAUCUUCAACAAAAACUAAUAGUUCCUUACAUAAAUUUAAAGUUUUAAUCCUGUUGGGGAGUCGUACAUUAAAUCCUUAUAAUCAGUCUCCAGUCUUAAAGUGUUACUGCAUUGCCGUCUCCAGGAUUUACGUGAUGCCGGCGUUUUAAGGGAUGACGACCCCGUACAACAGUAAGUAUUAUUCAUUUAGUAUUCUGAGUCUCGAAAGAAAUGUUUGAGAAUUCACAGUCACCCUGUGAAACAUUUCCCACAGCUGGUGCCUUUAAAAAUAAAAACGUUAUGNGUUAGCCGCCUUGAACAAAGCGCGCAAUAUCUUAUCUUUCUCGUUCAGCCCGGUUCCAGUUGACCGUGUAGCCUGAAACAAAUGCCAAGAAUACGGCAAGAUAUUUGACGACGCACACUGUGCAAAUCGCAAGCUUUGUUCCCUCCUUGGACUUAAUGAUGUCCUCAGGAAAACUUUGCUCCAGGCGGCCAAAAGAAAACGAAAAACAAUAAAACAAGGAACGUAAUAAACGAGUGUAGACGAUGGGAGUUCAGAGAAAUUUUUAAAGGCACGUUUUAGCAAAUCCAGUCAGAUAUGCAUUUUUGGUAUUCAGGAGCUCCACGUAUUGUAAGGGCUGACUGCGGAACAGAGAAUGUCAUUGUUGCUGGCCUUCAAAGGUUUUUCCGUUCUGAGGCAACUGACGACUUUUCAGGCGAUAAAAGUUUCCUUUAUGGAAAGUCGUCAGCAAAUCAGGUGGGAAACGCUACUUUCGUCGCUUGACUUUACGAAUAAACUUCUUAUGUCACGGUGAAUUACUAAAUGUCUUCCCUGACAGAGAAUAGAGGCUUGGUGGUCGUUUCCGAGGAAGUCCCAUGCAGACUGGUGGAUAAAUUACUUUAAGGUUGGUGCUUUAUGGUUUGAAAACAUUCUCGCCCGAUGGCACUGAAUGGAUCUUCAACAAAAACUAAUAGUUCCUUACAUAAAUUUAAAGUUUUAAUCCUGUUGGGGAGUCGUACAUUAAAUCCUUAUAAUCAGUCUCCAGUCUUAAAGUGUUACUGCAUUGCCGUCUCCAGGAUUUACGUGAUGCCGGCGUUUUAAGGGAUGACGACCCCGUACAACAGUAAGUAUUAUUCAUUUAGUAUUCUGAGUCUCGAAAGAAAUGUUUGAGAAUUCACAGUCACCCUGUGAAACAUUUCCCACAGCUGGUGCCUUUAAAAAUAAAAACGUUAUGUACUGUAAAUCAUGCGUUGAGAAUAAGUUAGCUUUCCCCAUAAUUGAAAUAACUAGCGAUGUACAUAUUUUCUUUGGCCUACAAUGUACCCCAGGUUUUAAAGGGAAGAAUUCCUUUCUCUUGCAAGCUAGACAUAUAUUGUUAGAGUAACAGUUAGUUGUUAGGAAAACAACAGCCUUGGGCUAAAGAAAACAAAUAAUGACGUAUUCCAUCAUCCAGUUGCCUUGAUAACUCUUUUAUCAUAUACUAGAAAAUCAUGAAAAUUCAAUUUUCUUUUAGGGCUUGUCUUCAGUUCUGUUACACAACGUUUCUACAGAGGGAGCUGUACGAAGUUGCUUGUCUGUGGAAUACACAUAGGAUCAGACCUUAUCCAAAUCAGGACACUCCAGCUGGCAAGCCAGAUAUGUUGUUCUUUCUUCCCGAAAUUACAGGUGAGUUGGUGUUUAUAGGAGGUUUUGCUGACUUUAAUUUUUUUCGUAACUAUUUUACACGAGCGGCAGUUGAGGCGAUUAUAUUGAUUGAAACAUCAUCGAAAAUAGAGGCUGUUUUUUUUUGGAAUUGCUGCUUUCUUGGUUCCAUUUUUGACAGGACGAUAAUUGUAUUGUCUUUCAGAUUCUCAAGAUUACAAAACUUACGUGGAUAAAGAUGAUUUGCAGACAGCGGAGGAGUACUUCCGCAAGGAAUGUCCACCAUUUGGUUGCCAGGAGGAAUUUUCAGAUCUCAUGCUUCUUCUAAUGGAACAAUAA